GCAAGGCCCCCAGGAACGAUCCUCCACCAAUCACGACCUCCGCGCAAAUUACAACUCACAACUGCGAUCCUACGCUUGUCCCCUUGCCUACAAAUACUAUGCCCACAUCGUGUGGUUUACGGCAGGGACUUGCUAUUAUCCGGGGGAACAGUUAGAUGGUAAAACGCCUGCAGAACCGAGCGCGGCCUGGCGGUGCGAGGCUUAUAUGCUUAAUAUUUGCCGAUGACCCUUUCGCGAUGCGACCCUGGACUAGAUCACGAUACUAUAUAUUUUCUGCAUUUCCGUCUUAUUCGCAUGUUGAUGAAUUUUUCUCGCCCUGGGUAUUGAGUUCACUCCUGGUCCAACAUCAAACAUACGAAAGAUGUCACUACUUCUCCCACUCAUCGCCCUCGUGGCGACAACCUCCGCCAACCUCACCACCAGCAUCUGGCAGCCCGCAAACGUGCCCGACAAAUACGGCUACCUCGCCUCUGUGAUCGGUGUCUCCAAAGACCGCACGACACUCGCCCUGGAAUACGACGAAGACACCGCCAACCCCAGCAACACCCACAACAUCCGCACAGGGCAGACCUACACCAUCACGGUCGGACCAACCUACUGGGAGUCCUCGACGAGCGAUCAACUCGGCGUGAGCACCAUGUACACCGAAGGCAUACCCGAGUCAUUAGACCUCUCCUACCACGGCGCAUGCGAGAUCAAAACCGCGGGCAGCCCUCCCGCAUGCUCCUGGACGUGGGGCGCCGACCUCGCGCGCAACAACGUCUGUAGGAGUGUGUUCAAUCAGCGUUUCAGCACGCCCAUCGUGCGCACUGAAGUCUUCACCUACAGCGCGGGUAUGAACUCGCCGUCUGCGGUGGUCACGACGGAGCUCACGCUGAUUGAUGGUAAACCGACGCCGACUCCGGACCCCAGCUGGUGCCAGAAUACUUUGUCAAACGGCAAGGUUGGGUCGGUGCCGGACAGUGAGAGGAUGGGCACCACGGUGCUGAAUGUUUGGCAGGUCAUUUCUUAUCAGGUGGUGGUUACGGCGGGUGAGGAGAAGUUGAAGGCGACGACUGGGGCAGCGGGUUCGGCUGCGACGGGGGAUGUGGCAACGACGAAGACUGGGACGGGGGCUGCGGUGCCGAUGAGGACUGCGGCUCCGUUGGUUGGGCUGGGUGCUGCUGUUGCGGCGGUGUUCUUGUGAGGCAUAGAUCUAUG